AUAAAGAUCAAAGACUUUUGCUUAUCCUGACUCCGGCUGAUUCUAAGGUAUCCAGGUGCUAACAGGGCCAUCACACAAGUGGGCCUUUUUUGACAUCUACCCUUGUACCUGGUACCCCUAAUGACUCACCUGCAAGAAGCUUUCCCAUACACGCUCCUGUUGAUAUCUUGUUUGUUCAGUUUUUUUGUUAGACUGUGAGCUCCUACAGGGCAGGAACUAACUUUUUUGCCUUUCUUUAUAUCCCCAACACUUAGCAUAGUACCUGGCACAUGGUAGGCACUGAAUAGAGCUAGGUCCUGAUUUAUGUGAAUAAUGAACCUGUGAAAUAGUCACAUGCAUUUCAGAUGGUCUGUUUGGGGUUAUAAUUGUAUUAAAUAUGGUCACUGGUUCCAACCCAGUAGAAAUAUGCAAUAUAGAUUUGAAUAAUGGGAUCACUUCACAGGGUUUCUUCUUCAAACUAAUCAGACUAAUCUAAGUAUAUUAGUUGAUUGGCUAAAUAAAAUAAUCCCUUCUCACAAUGACUUUACAAUCCAAUGGGAGACAAGUAACACCUAAAUAGACACAUAGCAUAAUACAUAUUAAUGAAUACAUAUGCAUAAAAAUUAAAUACAAAAUAGUUUGGGAGACAGAACGCUAGCCCUUGUCUCAAUCAGAAAAUGCUUCAAGUAGGAAGUAGUUCCUGAGCCAUAUCUUUAAGGAGGCAGACAUGAGGGAGCGUGCAGGCUUAGGGUGACUUCUCCUGGGAGCUUCCCUGUCCAUUAACAGUUUCCCUGGAGAAAACACAACUGAGCAGUCUGAGUUGCAGGGUUACAGAGUUAGAUGUGAUAAAAGGAAAAAUAACCAGGUUGGCACAGUGGAUAGGGUGUGGGGCCUGAAAACUAAGCUCAAACCUAGUCUCUGUCCCUCCUGGCUGCGUGACCUUGGGCAGGUCACGUCACCCUGUGUGCCUCAGUUUUUUCACAUGUCAAAUGGUCUGGAGAAGGGAAUGGCAGACCGCUCCAGUGUCUUCGCCAUGAAAACCCUAAAUGGGACUGACCGCAGUAGAGCAACAACAAAAGGAAAAGCCUCAUGGCAGUGAGAGCUGGGCCAAGUAGAAGGCACCUAAUAGGUGCUUGCUGAAUGAAUGAGGAGCUGCCGGCUUUUCUUAGCACUACAGUUCAGACCUGGCCAGGAGCCCUUGGAGGCUAGGUGGGUGUUCCCUAGGUUAACGACCCCUUCUGUGUGCCUUGGGCAAGAAAGAGGAAGGGCAGGAAGCCUGGCCUGAGGCUCCCAGGCUGGUCCUGGCACAGUGUGGCUGCAUCACAGGGGCUCAGCCUCCAACCGAGGGAGGUGCUCCGGGUACUACAGCUUGGGGGGACGGUCGUGGCAAUGACCAACAACAGCCCGAUGAAGGCGGCUCCUCCAGCGGGGAUUAUGUACAUCUCCCAACGAGGAAACGGAGGCUCUAGGCCAUGGGGUGGCUUGUCCUUGGCCACAUACUAGUCUGGAAGGCCUCGGCACAGAGGGACUGUGCAAGGCUGGCCCCUGCCUCUCGUGGUGGUUCCUGAUCCUGGGUUCAGCCACUUUCUCUUGUGCCAGGCUGCCUUACAGCUAGAGCGGGUUGGGAGGCCACGUGCCAAAGUCCCCUGACUGGGGAGUGUUGGAAAAGGGCAGCGAUGAGCUAGAUGGCUCAGUGAUGGCACGGUGGGCCUGGAGUCGGGAGGCCCGAGUUCCAAUCCAGCCUCAGUCACUGGCUGGGUGACCCUGCGCAAGUCAGGUAAACCUGUCUGAGGUAACCCAUGGGAGGAGGAAAUGGCAGCUCACUCCAGGGUCCUUGCCAAGAAAACUCCGCGGAUAGAAUGGGCGCCGAGGGCUAGAGCGGCAAGAAGAGGUGGGCGCGCCCAAAUCACAAAACCUGACGUGGCUCUUCCCCUGACUUUGCAGGUCUGCGGCAUCAUGGACCUGCCCGUGGAGGAGUGGCGGGCCCAUGUGCACCGGCGGUGGCGGCAGCUCCCAUCGUCUGCCCAGGCGGCGCUCCGCACCAGUGCCCUGCGAGAGGUCCUUCGGCACUGCUCCUCCCUGCUCCAGCCUGAAGACGAGGGGUUCUUGCAGAGGCUUGCUGAGGGUUUCUCAGUGGAGAAGGAUCCCGACGCCUGCCUCCUGUAUAAGGAAGAAGGGAACAAGGCGUUUCUGAGGAAGGCCUACCAGGCUGCCGCCGGACUCUACUCCAAGGGAGCAUCCCAUGCGAGACCCAACACUCAGGAAAUGGCGCUGUGUUUUGCCAAUCGCUCUGCGGCCUUCUUCCAUCUGGCUCAGUAUGAGACAUGCCUCGAGGACAUUGGGAGAGCACAGAGGCACGGGUACCCAGAAAGGUUGCGACCCAAGUUGAUGCUGCGCAAGGCGGAGUGCCUCGUGGCCCUGGGCAGACAACAGGAGGCGGCCCUGGCUGUUCGAGACCUGGAGCAGAGUGGGGCAGCCCAGCAGGCCAGCACCGGUGCUCCUGAUCUCCAGGCCCUGCAGAGGAGGCUCAGCCAUCUGAAAGCACGGGUGCGGGAGGACACGGGCCCUGGAGAGGCUCCUCCCCUCAGUGUAUCACAUGCCUCCGAAGAGGUCGGUCCCAGGGCCAAGAAUGAACGGAUUCCCGGCACGUCGCUGUCCGUGAGCUUGCGCAGUGACCCUUCCAGAGGACGCUAUCUGAUCGCCACCGAGGAUGUUUUUCCAGGUGAACUCCUAGUAAAAGAGGAGGCUUUUGUGAGUGUCCUCAACCCUGGAGAGACAGCGGGGUUACGGCGUGGCCUGGAAGCCCAGCGAGACGGCCGAGCCACCCCUGGAGACUGCCAUUGUCACCGGUGUUUGAAGCCUAUUGUGGCUACGGUUCCCUGUGAGGGCUGCAGCUAUGCCAAGUACUGCAGCCAGCAGUGUCUGCAGGUGGCCUGGGAGCGCUACCACCGGGUGGAAUGUCCCUUGGGGGGGACACUCCUCACCCUAGGGGUCUUCUGCCAUGUGGCGCUGAGGACGGUCCUCCUGGCCGGAUUCGAGGCUGUCAGCAACCUUAUAAAGACGGUUCAGGGAACAGUAAGUUCUGAAGCUGCUUCUGUACCUGACGGCCAGCCCCCUGGGCAGAAGCUGAACACUCGGCCCAACCUGGCGGAAAGCAGCCCACAUGGGGGGGCGUCUGGGGUACCAAUUCCCGGGUGCGACAGGGAUGGCAGUUACCAAAGCUCUUACUACGCUGUCUUCCACCUCUUGCCCCACACCAAGAAGCACAGCCCGGAGCACAAGUUCCUGUGUGGUCUCAGCAUCGUGGCCUUGUGCAGGAAGCUGGGAGAAGCCGACUGGCCUCCCCGGGCCCAGGGGCCCUCUGCGCAGGAGGCAGCCCUGACCACGGAGCGGACCCCGGAGCCCAGUGUCUGGGCAGAGGCCAUGCUGAGGCACGUACUACAGCUGCACUGCAAUGCCCAGGGAGUGACUGCCCUCCAGGAGGCGGGAUCGGAAGGGGACCUUGUUACAGAGUGCCAGCAGGUCCGUCUCGCCACGGGUCUCUUUCCUGCCAUCAGCCUGAUGAACCACUCAUGUCGCCCCAACACCAGCCUGUCCUUCCGGGGCUCAGUGGGCUCCGUCCACGCGUCACAGCUCAUUGCACGCGGGCAAGAGAUACUUCAUUGUUACGGACCUCACGAGGGCCGCAUGGACGCUGCCACGAGGCAGCAGAAGCUGAGAUCUCAGUACUUCUUUGACUGCCGCUGCCAGGCUUGUCAGGAGGAAGAGGUGCACGGGGCCGGCGUGACACCGAAGCAAGGCGGGUUCCGUUGCCCCACCUGCAGGGCAGCUCUGCAGGGACUGGACCCUCUGGGCUGCAGCAGCGGAUCCUGCCGGGCCCAGGUGAGCAGGGCUCACCUGCUGGGCCAGUUGGGAGACCUUCAGCAGCGGGUGGAGAUGGCCGGGGAGCUACUCAGGGGAGACCGGACAGCUCGAGCCGUCCAGCUUUUAUUGGCGUGCCGGCGGGAGGCUGAGGACUUCUUGACCUCGGAGCACGUGUUGAUGGGCGAGAUCGAAGACCGCCUGGCCCAGGCCUACGCCAGCCUCGGGGACUGGCCCAAAUCUGCAGCCCAUUUGCAAAACAGUCUUCAGGUGGUGAAGGCCCAGCACGGACCAGCCAGUGUGGAGAUGGGCCAUGAGCUUUUCAAGUUGGCCCAGGUCCUUUUCAACGGGUUUGCAGUCACUGAAGCAGUGAGUGUGAUAGAGAAAGCGGAGAAGGUCCUGUCCUUACACUACGGCCCCGAGAACGAGCAGGUGCAGGAGCUGCAGCAGAUGAAAGCCUGCUUACGGGAGUUACCCAGCCACCCUGGGGAGCCCACAGCCUAGGACGGGCCCUCAGCUUCUGCUUGUGGCUGACAUAGUCAUACGGGCUCCUACAAGUGGUCCCUGGGCACCUUCAUGCCUCCAGGAAACACAGACCUGUACCAGCCGACCGCCAUGGCUGCUGCUGUGAAACAGCGGCAACGUGGUCAGAAAGGCCCUAACAACCUGCCCCCUCGGACCUGGCAGCCCCACUGCCGGCAUCGGUCCUGAGAGGCUCAGGAAGCUUUCCGGCAACAGGUGUUGUGGGUGGUCAGCUAGAUGAUGACGGCGUAAGUGUGUAUGGGACGUGUACUGUGAGAAGGGACAGCCAGGAGGAAAUCCUGGGCCCCGGGGGAGGCGUCUGCAGUGGUCAGAGGGAAGUGAGCAAACUCCGGGGAAAGUUCCCUGGCGGAGCAUCGCAGUGUAAAAGAAAACCUCACUGAAGAGCAUCGGGGCCAGGCACAGCUCCCUGGGGGUCGCAGGACUUCCCCAUUUGGCAGAGCAUGGGGGGCCAUGGGUGCAGGACGGGGCACACAUUGUUAGGGGGGCUGAUGUGUCAGCUUGUUUACUUUGUUGUACUUUGGUAUAGGUCCAAUAUUGGGAAAUGACUGGAAUUUUUUAAAAUGAAUAUUUAAUUUCUUAAAAAAAAAAAAAAAGUAACGGCUUGGGGGGAGUCCUGUGCCUGUUCUGAGAUGUGGGGCCGGGGAGCAGCCGCUCCAGAAUGACUCUGGUGAGAGGUGGGCUUCCGGACUCUGCCGUUGUUGUGAGGGC